GGAGUAAACACGCAUUUAUAUUGUGUUUGGAAAUAUCUCUUUUUAUCUGAAAAUUAACCAGAAAUUUCCAAAUGUGUCUUAUCUUUAUAACUGGCGAAUAUUAUUUUGUUAAAUCAGUUAUUUAUCUCAACCGUUUGCUGGGGCAACUUUUAAAAGACCGCGUGUGCCGAAUGUGUGAGUAGCAAGCGAUAGAUCGGGUAUUCAAAUCCCUAAAUGGUAAAAUUUUUAAUAAAAUAAAGUCUUCAUGACCAAAGCGGAAGGCACAAGUGUAAUUCUAAUUAUUAAGACGUUUAGUGGUUGCUACCGGUGAAGAAGCACGGGCCAAGAAGUAUCUGGUUGAUAAGUGCUGAACAUUGUCAUACUAUUUGCACACUUUCGUAUAUAUCACCAGACAAUAUGUACGGUUAUAAUUGAUUGGCAAUUUUAAAAAAGAAGAGCAUUAGGAAAAUUUUAAAACAGAUAGAAAAGUAUAGUUACUCGCUAAGCAAGCAAUUUCGACAGACGCGAAGCAAAAUGUUCCACCCCGUGUGCUUUAAGCGGUUACUUAUUGUUGUGCUUACAAAUCUUCUCUUCAUCACAAAUGAACACUUCGGCCACGCAGCUUUCACAGGCCAAUGCAACGAGUGUUUUGCGAGUGCAGCCGCCUGUCUGAAUGAGCAGAACUUUGCUAUUUGUGUAGACGACACGCCGAUUGCUGUCUCUACUCCAUGCCCUACGGGCACGGUUUGCACAGCCGACGCAGCUAUAUGUCAGGCCACCGCACAGGGCGCUGUACCCGUUUGCUAUGAAGAUCAGUGUGGAACGUGUGCAUCUGCGCAGAAGAAUUUCGCCUGUCUCGACGAAGCCAUCUAUGCCAUUUGCUAUAAUGGUCAAACGCCAGAUUCGAGUUCCAUUGAUUACUGUCCCUUGGGAUAUGUAUGUGAUUUGAAUAACCCUCAAAUUUGUUCGUCUGCACUAACUGUUGCUCCAUCGUGUUCAAUCACUGAUACAACAACUGUUACAACAACAGAAACAACAACCGGAAUAGUAACCAUUACAACAACCGAUACAACAGCAGAUACAACAACCCAAACAGGAACCAUUCCAACAACUGUUACAACAACAGAUACGACCACUAUUACAACAACAGAUACAACAACCGAUAUAACAACAGAUACAACAACCGAUACAACAACAGAUACAACAACCGAUACAACGACCGUUGCAACAACCGAUACAACAACAGGUACAACAGCAGUUACGACAACAGGUAUAUCAACCAAUACAAUACUAACUGAUACAACAACAGGCGGAACAACCGAUACAACAACCGAAACAGCAAUCAUUACAACAACAGGAUCAACUAAACCCCCUGUAGAUGCCACCACAUUUUGUGCUGAAAUGGGCAAAGCAGGCAAGUUUAGACAAGAUGGUGACACAACAUGUGCCAGAUAUAUUUACUGCUACCGGCUUUCUGGUCAAUAUUUAGGCUAUCAGUACAUUUGCCAAUACUAUUUUAAUGCAGCAACUCAAAAUUGUCAAACGGAACGUCCGGAUGAUUGUUAACAUUUCAUUUGAUUUUAAGAAAUUAAAAAAUAAUUUCAAAUUUUUCUAAAUAUCAUAUGUAA